ACUAACUGCAACUAUGUAGCGAUACAUAUAUACACACUUUGGAUAAGUAGAUAACUAAAGCACACUGGUAGUAUAUAACAUAUGCAUACAUUCCAAGAAUAGAAAAUGGAGUCUUAUUAGAUACUUGGUCAAACGAAGUAAGGAGGAAAAAAGCUACCUUUAAUCAAGCACUAAUUCCUAUCACCAAGAACUUCAUAUACUUGAAUGAGGGAAAGUUUUGAAAAUGAUCACACGAGAACAGAAGAAUAAAAGGCUAUCAUAUAAUCCUGGCAAAAACUCUAUAGGUCAAAAUAGAUGUGUACUUUCACAGGUAAGCCAACAGGGGAAUGAUAAAAUUUAAAUAACAUUUAUCCAGUUUGGACUUGUGGAGAUUCCAUUUAAAAAAAAAAAGGUAAUGAACAUCCACUAUGAUUUCUUAAGCAAGCGGUUUGGGGCAGAAAUCAUGGACCAAGACACAGCAUUUCCACCUUUCAAAGAUUUCAGCACAACACUGGAGAGUCACCUACAAGCCAUCCACGAAUAAACAAAGGAGAUCUCUGGCAGGGGAGGGAGAGGAAGAAGCGGGGGAAGGAGACGUCAGAUCCUUCCCCAGCCAGAAAGUACCGAGAUAGCCGACUGAGAGCAGAGCUGUCCUCCGACCUCAGCAAAGAGAACUCACUCCUACGACUAUUUCCAUUCCACAAAAAAGAGAGGGGAAAUAGGCUGUUGCCAACUUAAUCACAGCAAACACUGCAUCUAGAUCGGGAUUUUAAUUCUCCAGAAACUAAGAGCCGGUAGACUCUGCAAGAACUGGUUAUCCAAAAAGUAACUAUUCCACGCAACAUUUAUUCCUCUUGUUAAAUAUUAAUUCCAACUAGUCAAAGAGCUUUACUAUUAAACAAUUAAGUCUUGAAAAAUCUAGGUACUCUAACAAACCGCCUCUUUCCCGAAACUCUGUCAGCGUUGAGAAAGUUCACUCCUCGUUUCGUUCUUUCCUUUUCACCUCCCUUUCGCCCCUCAAAAUGGCUUUCUCUGCACACUGUAACUUCCUUUUUCCCCUCAUCUUCCCUCUUCGAGUCAGUCCUCUUUCUGAGACCCUUCUCACAAGCGUCAGGUCGGAAGCCGCGAGCACACGCAGCUCCUCGGGCCUUUCACGCGUCCUAACAAUGACUCUUCCCCAAGUCGCCGACCCUGUCCCCCCUCCUCCCGGCCCGGCUUUCAGCAGCAGCCCGGCUCCUGCUAAGUUUCCGAGGCGGUCCUCGAAAGGAGGCUGGAAACCUUCCUCCUCCCUCAGCCGUCCAUCGCAGCUUCGCUCCAAUCAGUCUCCCAUCCGGACGCACGCUCCCACCCCCGGCCCUCCCAGGGCCUCCAUCCCCGUCCCGCAGUCUCUCUUCCCGCCUCAAACUUCCCGCAGACCCGCUCCGCGCCCUCCCGGGCUCGCCCGGGCCGCCGCCGCCCCCUCCCCCUCCCCGCCGCUCCCCACGUGCUGGGAGGCCGGGUCGCGGCGGGACCGACGCGCCGGCCAAGGGCUCGCCGCUCGGGCUCCGCAGCUCUGCCCUCGCGGCCCAGCGGUGCCCACGCCGAGGAGGCCUUGGCUCCACCGCCCAGCUGCCCGCCCGCCCAGCGGUGGGAUGCGCUCCGCGGUACCGGCCUGCGCUCGCCACUCACACGCCCCCCGCGCGCCCAACCCGGCCGCCGCCGCCGCCGCCGCCGCCGCCGCCGCCGCCGCCGGCCCUCGCAGAGCCGUCCCGGCCUUCGCCCGGCGCCCGGCCGCUAGGCCGCCGCCCGGGCACCGCGCCGCCCCCGCCCUCUGCCCGGCCGGCUCCCGUCCUGCCCGCCACAUCCUGACCCGCCCGCCGCCCCCUUUCUUACCGGCGGACGUGCAGGCUUCGCGGGGCGGAGGGAGCCCACUCCGAUCAGCGGCCUCCCCCGCGCCCGGGCCCGCGGUCUCCGCCGCCGAGUGA